AUGGGUGGAAAAGAUGUCCAACGUGAGGAAGCAGCUGCCCAGACACUCAAUGUCCCAGCUGCCAAUCCCAACACAAAUCCACCGGACAAUAGACCACACCCUCCUAACGACCCCAGUCGACCCACCCAGGUCGACACACUAUGCAAAGAAGCCCUGGAAUACAACUUCGCCGCCGUAUGUGUGCGACCCGAGAACGUCGUCCGUGCAGCAAGCCACGUCAAAGGCACCGACACGGCACUCGCAUGCGUGGUCGGGUUUCCUGAGGGCACGCAUGCCACAGCCGAGAAAGUGCGCGAGGCGAAAGAAGCCGUCGCGCAAGGCGCCACCGAACUCGACAUGGUGAUCCGGUACAACCUGUUGAAAGAGGGCCGGUACACAGAGGUAUACGAGGAUAUUCAUGCCGUACGCAAUGCAGCACCGCCGCCAAUCGCACUCAAGGCCAUUGUGGAGGCGUCUACGCUUGACAAUGACCAACUCAUUGAUGCGACGAUCGUGUCGUGCAUGGCUGGCGCGAACUAUAUCAAGACUAGCACGGGCUGGAAUGGUGGUGCGAGUGUUGAGCAGGUUAGGCAGAUGCGACUGGCGGCGAGUAUGUGUGGGUGCACAUCCUUCAUCAAGGCUAGUGGUGGUAUACGCACUGCCGAGAGUUUGUUGCGGAUGCUUAAGGCUGGAGCGCACCGCAUUGGAACUAGUUCUGGGGUUGAUAUUAUGAAAGAGAUUGAUGAGGGAGAGGUUCUUGAACAGGGAUGUGGUCAUGCGGUGGCUUGA